AUGCUUAUCGAUGGCGAGAAGUGGGCUUGUGAAGCUUGCGUCCGGGGUCACCGUGUCAGCAGCUGUCACCACAGUGACCGCCCCUUGACCCACAUUAACAAAAAAGGCCGUCCUGUCUCUCAAUGCGCUCACUGUCGCGGCCUACGCAAGUCACGGACAACCCACACUAAGUGCGAGUGUGGUGACAAGAAAAAGAAUUGCCACAAGAAUGACUCAGAUCCCCAUGUUACUGAUAAGCGGGAUCACAAGCAGGACUCCCGUCCAAAAUGUGGCUGCACUCAUGGUCAGCGCUGCACCUGUGCGCUGAAGAAGGAACCCCACCUGGAUACCGUUCCGGAGACCGGCCUCCCUCCACCCCCAGCUGCGGCGCUGUUGGAUCAACCCAAGAAGCCGCAGCUGACAUCGACCAAAUCGGAGAGUACCUUGACUAUUUUCCGCGAUGGCCACCACAAGCCGGCUCAUAAGCACAACGACAUGGCUCACAAAUGCGGUCUGCCCUACACGAUACCUCGUUCUCAUACCAUCCACGCUGGCGAUGUGGCCCGCCGCUCGGUCGACCACCUGCCUCUGGUCCAGCCCACGAUGCUCAACGAGGGUUUCGCAAACCAACAACAGCCUGCAGAACAGUCACCCGCGCGCGGACAACAUCGCCGUGUCAAGUCUGAACAUGGUUCUCCUGAAAGUGCCCCCGUCGUCUCGCCGGACAACGUCCCGACAACCGUUCCCCCACUCGACAUCUCGUCCUUUUUCCCUCAAGUUCAGACAGCGGAGAACGCUGGUGACGUUGGCGUUCCCGAGCCGGUCUCGAUGCCUAUGAAGACCCCUCUGGACCCACUGGUCACGUCGGGGUUACCCUUCGACAUGUCAUCAUUCUCAUCCUUCCCAACAACAGCGACAUCACCUGUCAAUUGUGUCGCAUUCCAGGACCCCUACAAGGAGCCCUUCUUCACGUCACCUGAGGGCGACGUGUCUCUUCAGUCGACCGCUUUCAGCGCCCCUCCAGUCGAUUGGUCAAGCUUCCCUCUGUACUCCUCGGAAGUACCAGCCGCGACAAGCACUCAAGCACCCUCCUACGCAAGCUUCGAUUACAACUCUAUGGCUCCCGGAUUCCCAGCCCCGUCAUCAUCCGGUGACAUCUCUGAAGCGGAUGAGUUCGCGCCGAUCCCUGGCUUGGGACGUACGGGCAGCGAUCUGCAUGAUCUCAACAGCGUCAGCGAGGGCUCCGAUAUCGACCAUUUCCGCAUUAGCUCGGCCUCGUCAUUCAUCGGUCUUCCUCAGGCACAGCUCUUGGCAUCGAAUAACCUUGAGUCGAUUGACAUUGACGACUUCCUCAAGUCGGCCAACGAAUCCACCGCGGCGUUGGAGCAUCAGCUUCAGGCCACGAUGGGCAUGGAAGCCAAGCAACUUCCGACCGAGGAUGCCUUCGCCAUGUCGAAUGCUGAGACCUUCAAGCCGGUGACUACGCCAACUGCCAGCAUGUCGAUGACCACGCCCCCAACCGAGGCCGCUUGGAACGUGGGGCUCUUCGACCCCAAUACUGCCCCCAUGAGCGAAAACAGCAAUGGCAAUUUCUACGUGCCGCCAUGGGUGCAGUAG